CCUCCACAUUCUGUCCUUGAGUUGACGCUGGAAAGAAUCCGCGCUGCGCUGCAAGUUUUAUGCUACUUUAUGCGCAUGCGCAAUUGCGGCAACAAAGAAAACCAGUGGAGCAUGCGCAGUACAGGUGGUGCAAAAGGGAGAUGGCGGCGAGACAGAAAGCCACAGAGAGGACGUUCGAGGCUGGGCCGUGGAAGAUAUCUGUCCGUAAGAGCCACAUCCUCAAGUCGGUGUGCGAGGGAGGGGAGCAGGGAUGCGGGAACGAGCCGUGUCACGUGUGCAGAUUCCAGCGAGAGCUGCGGGCUCUGCCUUCUCUGCCUGAGAUGGUUUUCCCAGACUCUUGGCUGAGACUAGAUCACGUGAGUGGGUGUGGCCUGGCAUUCUAUGCAUUGGAUGCUCUGCGGAGGGUUGACACAACACAGGACUCGCUCAAAGUGGCAGCGGCUGACGACUGGAGACAGUCCAGGGGGCAGAGUCUGGCGAACAUGAAGGGAGUUGUUAAGCCGUUUGACUGGACGUUCACCACUGACUACAGUGGGAAUCUCCUCUCACUGCCCCACACCUCCAUACAGGUGGAAGAGACAAGUGAAGGGAUCGACUACAGCCAACUGAAACAACAGGAGAGAAUACAUUUCUACGAUGAUGUCAUUCUCUACGAGGACGAGCUCGCCGACAAUGGAACUGCUGUACUGAGUGUCAAGAUAAGAGUCAUGGCAAGUGGAUUCUACAUACUGAUGAGGUUCUUUCUCAGAGUCGACGGAGUCAUCGUUAGGCUGAAUGAUACAAGAAUCUACCACCAGGCUGGGACUGACUUCCUCACUAGGGAGAUCUGCUCAAAGGAAGCAAGAAUACCCGACUUGAAGGUUCCAACCUCAGUUUUGACAGACCCUGACAAAUUGAACAAUAUUCUGCCAGGCAACAAAACACUUUUGCACAGACUUAUUCUACCGAAAUAG